AGCCUCUCCUCCCAAGUAGGCUGAAGACAGGCCCUGGGGCAGUGGCAGGCAGAGAUUGGACCUCAGCCUUGAGGGAAGUGAAAGGGUUAACUUUCCCAGGUCCACUGGCCCUGUCUAGCCAGCUCACCCCAGAGCGCUGUAAGUCAGGGCUUGUCUUUGGUGCUCUCCCAAUUUGGAUUUCCCUCUUGCUCCUCCUUUUACCUCCUGGGAGACACUGAGAGGAAAAGCUAGGGGACCCUAGACAGACCGGCUGUCUCUAGGGUGUCAUUUUAAUACUGCCAGUAAUCACCACCUCCUAGUUUAUUAACUCUCCCUCAUGGCUACUCUUACCAUCCCUGGACUUCUCUCUCUGUAUCUCUCUCUCUCUCUCUCUCAACAUAAAUACACAUACACAGUGGAGGGGAAGAGGAAAGGGCUAGGAACAAGGAAAACACUAUAGUUUCUUGCCACUGCAGUGCCUGUCCCACCCUUGACUUCUCCCUUUAAAACUGGUCCCACCACCAGUGGGAGGCAGGAUCCAGCAGGUAGGAUGAUCCAGGGACAGAGACACAGAGGAUUCUUCUGAACCAGCAGAGCAAUCACACAACAGCAAGCUCAGAAAAAAAGAACACUGGAGGGCAAAUUUGAAGAUGUGGACAGGGAGUGCAAAAUUAGACAAUGCCGAGUGAUAAAUACUUCUCUCCCAAGCAAAAUAGAGUCAUCAGAGUCACAGCAAAGACUAGAACACUCAGAUCAUUUGUGUUUAAUAUCCUAGACAGGAGAGGAGAAGGAACCCCUUUCCCUUGGCAACCCCAGGAGAUUCUGCUUCUGAAAGUGGUUCAUGAACUCCAGGAAGCUCUGCUGAUCUAAGGAGUUGUGUCAGUCACUUGAGGUCACUGGCAAGAAGGAGACCACAGGCAGACAGAGGGGUGGGGGCUUUGCACCUGCCCCAUCCCCACCACAGGGUCUUGGGCUGCGUAACUGUUAAGAUUGUAAUGAUCACACAUCCUGAGGAUACUUCUGAUUUCAAACACUCAACUCUUCUGUUGAUGAAGUGACAUGACUUGGACUUUGAAAAUAUGGUCCUUUCAUGGACUUCCCAGCAAGUGCCCUUCCUUCUGCAGUUUCUGUGGUAGCAGCCACUGUGGGUGCUGAGAGGUCCCAGUGAAACCCAUUUGCCAGUGAAGUGGGAGGGUGUCCGCAUUUGACACCCCUCUUCUCUCACCUCAGUCUUAGGUAAUGGGAGGAAUGGCCGGUCAGCUUCAGCCUGGCACUUGGUCUCAUCCCCGGAGCUAAGGCAAAGUCCAGAGACAGGCUUCCACCAACUACCAUGACAGCGAGAGGCACCCACUAAGAGAUAAGGGUCACCUUUGUACUCCACAGCUGGAGAGCCCAGCAGUAGCUGCCCAGGGUCCCGGGUCCACGCCCCUUCUGCUGGCAGGCUGCUUCUCUGCCGGCUCCCCUUCCUGGUUAAUUAAUGGUCGACAUCGAGGCAGUGGGAGGAUCGGGAUAGGUGGCCAUUCACUGCGCUCAGAAAGGGAGGGGGCACCUGCCACAAGUCCCCGGGUCAGCCCUCCGCCACUCCUUUCACACCGGGUCAUUACUCCGGCGCCUCGCGGGGUCUGGCCGCGAGCGGAGAGCGCGGAUGGUGCGUGGUUCCAGCCUUUCGGCUCAGCCAGGUGGGUGGUUAGUUCAGGUGAGGAGGGAAAAGAGGAAGAUGGCACUGCGAAGCGAGGAAUCCUUGUCAGGGAGGUGGCGGCUGCCUCGGGGCUCCUCUGUCACUAGGGCCCCACUGCUGGGCCCCCGAGCUGGCAGCAGAGGUGACGCCCUCGUCCCCGCCCCCUGCCGCCUCUGUCCCCUCCCCUCCCGGCCCAGGGCUGCUCGGGUCCCACGGGCCGUUGCGUCCCAGUCCGAGCCCGGGCAUCGCCGGGGGAGUCAACAGUGACCAGGGGCCCCGCGGGCGCCGGGACACCUGCGAGCACAGGACGGCAGCAUCCUUUGAAAGCCAGUGUAGGAGUCUGAACCCCAAAUGUGCGCACAUGUGAAGAAGGAGGUAGAUCCUCAAAGGGCUUUCCACCCAGCCUGUGCCUGGACCUACCCUACCCUACCAAGUCAUAGCCUCAGGGGACUCCUUUCUCCUGCACAGUGGAGCUAUGUCCCUUUGGAGGUGACCCAAGAGAGUAGGGAUGCAGGCCCUUAGUCUUCCAGAUGAGGGCCCCCUCCAUGGAUACGUGGCCUCCCUCAUUGAGACCUAUGGGGGUGGCCACCGAGUCUCGUCUCAGAGCACUGCUGGCAGUCUCCACCCCCGAGGAGGAGGCCCCGUGCUUGAUCCCAGUCGCCAAAACCUCCAGCACUAUGUCCACUUUGCCAAGGGUUCUGGCCAGGCCCGAGGCCUGCCUCCCAUAAAACUGCGAGAACCAGAGCACGAGAAGAAGCAUGGAGUCCAUUCAGGGGCUGGUCCACCUUACUCUCCCAAACUCAAGGAUAUCACCAAGGCCCACGAGCUGGAGAUGAGGCUGCACACAUUCAGCAUGUUUGGGAUGCCCCGCCUGCCCCCUGAUGACCGGCGGCGCUGGGAAAUAGGAGAGGGUGGUGACAGCGGCCUGGCUAUCGAGAAGUCCUGGAGGGAGCUGGUGCCUGGGCACAAGGAGAUGAGCCGGGAGCUUUGCCACCAACAGGAAGCAGUGUGGGAGCUGCUGACCACUGAGCUGAUCUAUGUGAGAAAGCUCAAGAUCAUGACUGAUCUUCUGGCUGCUGGCCUGCUGAACCUGCAGCGAGUAGGACUGCUGAUAGAUGUAUCAGCUGAGACCCUGUUUGGAAAUGUCCCCAGCCUGAUCCGAGUCCAUCAGAGCUUUUGGAAGGAGGUGCUGGGGCCCACCCUGGAGGAGACCCGCACCUCGGGCCAGCCUCUGGACCCGGUCAGCCUGCAAAGUGGCUUCCUGAUGUUUGGACAGCGGUUCCAGCCAUACGUCCAAUACUGCCUGCAAGUGAAGCAGACAAUGGCUUACGCCCGGGAGCAGCAAGACACUAACCCUCUCUUCCAUGCCUUCAUGCAGUGGUGUGAGAAGCACAAGAGCUCAGGGAGGCAGACGCUCGGUGACUUGCUCAUCAAGCCCUACCAGCGAAUCACCAAGUACCCACUGCUGCUGCAGGCUGUGCUAAAGAGGAGCCCAGGAGCGCAAACCCAAGAGGCCCUGAAUGCCAUGAUUGCAGCUGUGGAGUCAUUCCUGAGACACAUCAAUGGGCAGGUCCGCCAGGGCGAGGAGCAUGCGAGCUUGGUGGCUGCAGCCCAGCGCAUCGGGCCCUAUGAUGUGCUAGAGCCACUAAGUGAGGAGGUGGAGAAGAACCUACGUCCAUUCUCCACCCUGGACCUGAUGUCCCCCAUGCUGGGGGUUGGCUCUGAGCACACCAGACAGCUGCUGCUGGAGGGACCCGUGCGUGUGAAGGAGGGCCGAGAAGGGAAGCUGGAUGUGUACCUAUUCCUCUUCUCUGAUGUGCUAUUGGUGACCAAGCCCCAGCGCAAGGCAGACAAAGCCAAGGUCAUCCGCCCCCCUCUGAUGCUGGAGAAGCUUGUGUUCCGGCCCCUGCGAGACUCUCACAACUUCCUGGUGAUCCAACUCACUGAAUUCCAGUGUGUGUCUAGUGCCCUCAUUGUGCAUUGUCCCAGUUCUACUGACCGUGCCCGCUGGCUGGAGAAGACACAGCAAGCCCAGGUUCUGGGGGUCAGACUUGGACACAGCCUUUUUGGGGCCAACUACUCAAACCACUACGGGAGCAAAAUGGCCCAAGAAGCGUGAAGAUUUGAGUUGGACUUUUAAGGAUGGGGAGAACCAUGAGCAGAGGAAUCAGAGGUGCAAUUAGGCUGGAUUUAUUUUGGGGACAGUGACCCUAUCUGUCUGAGUCUGGAGUACCGGAUUUGUGUGCUCCAGUGGUGAGUGGCCAGGUCCUACAGGUCCUCAGAGCUACAGUGGCACGUGGCCUGGGUGAGACCAAGUUGAAUAGGGUGGACAAGAGGGAGGCACUGUGAAUUCUUGAGCAAGGAAUGACAUGGUAAAAUUAGUGUAUUUUGACAAGAAUUGAGUUUUCAGGGAAUCAGGUAACUGUGCGGUAGGUGGGCUGGAGGAGGGAGAAGUUGGUGGCAGUUUUUUGUACUAGUUUGGGUGCAAAACAUUGAAGGUUUAGCACCUUAGGGAGACAUUAAAGAAAAAGAGGGUGAAAGGAGAAGAAAGGAGCUAAAGAGCCUGUGUGAGACUGUGGUUAAAGCUUAUACUGAAUUCAGAGAAACUUCGGUUCAGAGGCCAGUCCUACCAGGUGCUAGGCAUGUGACACUGCAUAUCCUGCGUGGCCUCCCUCAGCUUCAGCUUCUUCAGCUGUGAAACAGAUGUAAACAAUAAUAGCAGCCAGGCGCAGUGGUUCACCCCUGUAAUCCCAGCACUCCGGGAGGCUGAGGUGGCUGGAUUGCUUGAGCUCAGGAGUCUGAGACCUGCCUGAGCAAGUACAAGACCUUAUUUCUACUGAAAUAAAAAAAUACUAGCCGGGUGUUGUGGCAGGCACCUGUAGUACCAGCUACUUGGGAGGCUGAGGCAGGAGAACCACUUGAGCCCAGGAAUUUGAGGUUGCUGUGAGCUAUGACGCUAUGGCACUUUACUGUCUCAAAAAAUAAAAUAAAAUAAAAUUAGAAAAACUAGCCAGGCAUAGUGACAUACACCUGUAGUGCCAGCGACUUGGGAGGCUGAGGCAAGAGGAUUGUUCAAGCCCAAGAGUUUGUGGUUGCCGCGAGCUAUGAUGCCCUAGUAUUAUACCCAGGGCAACAAAGACUCUGCUCAAAAAAUCAAAACAAAACAGUAACAGCACCUGCCUCCUAGGGAAGAUUCAAAGAAAUUGUCCAGAUUAGGCUCAUGGCCUGGCGCCAGCAUUCAGUGACUCAAGAUGCCCAGUGAUAAAGUGGAUGACUGGCUUCCUGAAGUCUCUAUUUAGAAGUCUGCACUGGCAAUGGGAUCCCUGACAGAAACAUAGUCAUUAGAAAAAGAAACAUGUUUAUUUAAUUGUUGCAUACUGGGAAAGGAGAGGUCAGGGUAGAACUAUUUCAUCUUAAACAGAAGCACUUUGAAAUUAAGGCAGUAGGAGAUAGCCAAGUGGAGAUAUCUUAGGGACUUUGGGAAAUAGGGAAAUACAGGGGACAGGUAAGGAUGGAAACUGGAACCUCAAGGUCUUAUGUCUUCCAGCCCUGUAGGGCUUUAGCUUCCUUGAAUACCUAAGCAGGAUGGUAACAAUGCCCAGGAAAUCAAAGUGGGUGAGAGCAGGGGAGGUAUGUGGUUUUGGAAAGAGGGUGGCCCCCCACACCCCUAAGCCCUGCUCCCGACUCCAUUCAUAACCCUGUCUCUGCAUAGCAGGGGCUUCUUUCCACCACUUCUGCCCAAGGCUAAACACAUCUUCCACUACCCUGGACUAACUGUCAAUUAACAUCAUCCUUGUAGUUAAAGUUUUCUUUUCUUUUUUUUUUUGAGACAGAGUGUCACUAUGUUGCCCUUGGUAGAGCACAGUGGCAUCACAGCUCACAGCAACCUCAAACUCUUGGGCUCAAGCGGUUGUCUUGCUUCAGCCUCCCAAGUAGCUGGGACUAUAGGCACCUGCCAGAAUGCCCAGCUAUUUUUUGGUUGUAGUUGUCAUUGUUGUUUGGCAGGCCCGGGUUGGAUUAGAACCUGCCAACUCCGGUGUAUGUGACUGGUGCCCUAACGGCUGAGCAAUAGGUGCCAAGCCAUUAAUCAAGUUUUCUUGAAAGCUGUGGCUUGAGGAGAAACACAAGGACAAAAGCGGAAGCCUCAGUGUUCCUAGAGUUGUUACUGGCAUACAGCCUCUUCCUUACCAUCACCCUCAGAACUUUCUCCUCUCCCUUGGGGUCCCAUGACAGCACCCUUCCCUUUCACCUUCUCCCUUUAGAAAAACUCUCAGUGGCAACUAAAACUUGCCAGCAUUUUACUAUGCAAAAUAAUUUAGCACACCCCCAACCCCCAGCCCCCAGCCUCACUCCAGGUUAACAGAGGAAAGGUCUAUAAGGAUCUGUAAUCAAGAUGUGCACGAGUUCGUUCCCUGGCCAGCAGAACAAAGAAGGCUGAAACUGAAAUUCGUUUUCCUGCUAUUGUCUCUUACUGCAUGCUUGGGGACCUUCUCUGUAGUGCCAUCAGUCUUUCUAAACUGAAGAGGGCAGUAGAAUAUCUAUAAGUCCCCACCACAGACCAAUCCCCAGGGGCCAGACCAUUGUUUUCUCCCCUUUGCAGAGAUGUUGACUUGCAGAUUUAUUCCUAUUGGGUCUGGCUGUGAUGGCUUACUCUUUUUUUUUUUUUUUUGAGACAAAGUCUCACUAUGUCGCCCUGGGUAGAGUGCUGUGGCAUCACAGCUCACAGCAACCUCAAACUCUUGGGCUUAAGUGAUUCUCUUGCCUCAGCCUCCAAAGUAGCUGGGACUGCAGGCACCUGCCACAACACCCGGCUAUUUUUUGGUUGUAGUUGUCAUUGUUGUUUGGCAGGCCUCGGCUGGGUUCAAACCCACCAGCUCUGGUGUAUGUGGCUGGCGCCCUAGCCACUGAGCUACAGGCGCUGAGCCCUGUGAUGGCUUACCCUUUUAGAGAAAAUUAGCUACUCAAGAGGGAAGAAACUGAAUCCUAGGGAAUGCUCAUAUUUGUGGGCAAGGAAGAAAGAAAAGAACCAGUGAUGAAAACAGAAAGAGCUUUUAGAGGCAGAGACCAAGACAUUAAAGCAGGAGAACCUUGUUCAAGCAGCCCAGGGUAAGAGCCAGGGGCUGAAGGGGAGGUCCUUUACUUCUCUGAGUCUGAAUUUGGUUUGCAGAAUUGCACUGCUAAUGAAUAAUGUUUGCAAAAGGCUUACAGAAGGCCCAGAACUUCAUGGGCACCCCAUCUCUCAGCCCAGUGCUGACUGGGGAAGGGCAUCCGAUCAGUGGGCAGCACUUAGAGAUCAGUGUUGGUUCAGCACGGGGAGCUCUGGGGUGGGGGUGUGCAAGUGAAUCUGGGAGCUGCCCCAGAGGCCUCAGGGAAAGGAGGCAUUUCCUUAACACCGAACAAAGGAAGAAGAUUCCUGCUGGGGCCCUCCUUUCCUCUUCCCAGCUCUGUGGGGGUAUCAUGUUCUGGCUCAGGCACCAAUUUCCUCUUCCUUUCCUGGAGUCCUCCCCCUAUGUGUCUCUCUUCUUAUCCAUCUGAGCUGAGAAAAUCCUCCAGGGUUGUUGGAGAGGCUUUGGGAUAGCAAGGGGGCACUUCGAAUAGGCCCCCUAGUGCAUGAGCUCCCCCAUCCCCCGCCCCUUGCCCCUUAGGGUAAGGGGCAUUGGCUGGUCCUCACAGAAACGCCCUCUGCCUUCCAGUUCUUUUCUCCCACACAGUAGUCUUAUCCAGGGCAUGCCAAACACAAGGCUGCUUUGGGGCCCUGUGGGGCAAAAGGGCAGGGUAGGGCACCUUGGAAGAAUAAGCAGGCCACUCCAGCUGCUCACCCCAUUUUUUUUUUUUUGCUUCACACUGAGCUGGGAGAUGAGGCCAGGGUUAAGGGGAGUUAGGGCCUGGCCCUGGCCUGCUGGUUUCCUGCCCCCAGCACCACCCGGGGUCCAGCCCACAGACCAAGUCUUCCAAGGCUGCUAAGGACCCUCUCACCACCAUCAUUUACAAGAUGAGUGACUGGAGAACCAGGGAGAGAGAACUAAUGUCAUCUUCCUAUCCCUGUCCACACACUUCCCAGCAUGGCUACCGUCCUGACCCAGCUGCCCUGGUAUUUCUGCAGAGGCUUGGGGAAAGUCCAGGUGCCCCAGAGUUGCUGGAUCAUGUACCUCAAGCUGGGGAGAGAUUCAACAUAUUAACAACUAGGGGUGGCGCCUGUGGCUCAAAAGAGUAGGGCACCGGCCCCAUAUGCUGGAGGUGGCGAGUUCAAGCCCAGCCCCAGCCAAAAACUGCAAAAAAAACCCCAAAGCAUAUUAACAACUAGGACAGCACAGGUAUCAGCCAGUCGGAAUGGAGGUCUGUGCAGGCAGUAGGACUAGAGGUUCUCUGCUGUGCCAGACGCCAGCUCUCUAGUUGCCAGAUCACGGGAAGUGGGAAGGCCCAGGCACCAGCUGUGUCCUAGCCAGCAUGGAGGCACGUCAAUAUCUUAACACUGAUAAUGCCGUGUCUAUGAGUACUGAUAAUAGUGCUGCCCACAGCAGCCCCACUGCCUGCCUUUGCCAAGCCUCCACCUACCACCAUACCUCCCCCUCCACAAGCUAAUGUCCUUCAGAAACUCUUUACCCUUCAAGACUGCCCUUCAAAAGUGGUGCAGUUGCUGAACUAGGACUCAAAGGACAAGGCCUAGUCCCAGCUCUGCUUCUCUCUACCUAUGUACACACGAGCAAGUCACUUCAUCUCUUUAAGGCUAGUUUUCUCAUCUGUAAAACGGGCUAAUAUCCAUGCUUUCUACACCACAGGGCAAUGGAGUAUAUUCAGUGACCACAGACAUGGGAAGGUGCUUUGAAAACCACUUCUCCAAUGGCACUACUUAAUUCUGAUGGUGCCUGGUAUGAAAACAUUGAGGGAGGAAAACAGACAAUACAAUGUGUUCUCUUCUCAUCCUUCUAGGGACAGUGUUGCUUUUAUCCCUCUGAAGGGAAAGCCUGCAUCUGCCCACUCUGCCCUCCUUUCCUCCCAGAUUCAGGGCAGAGGCCCGGGUGGUAGGAGAGGGAAGCUUUUUUUUUUUUGUAGAGACAGAGUCUCACUUUAUGGCCCUUAGUAGAGUGCCGUGGCAUCACACGGCUCACAGCAACCUCCAACUCCUGGGCUUCAGCAAUUCUCUUGCCUCAGCCUCCUGAGUAGCUGGGACUACAGGCGCCCGCCACAAUGCCCAGCUAUUUUUUGGUUGCAGUUCAGCCAGGGCCGGGUUUGAACCCGCCACCCUCGGUAUAUGGGGCCGGUGCCUUACCGACUGAGCCACAGGCGCCGCCCGAGAGGGAAGCUUUUGAAGGAGCAACCUGAGGGCCCAGUACAAACUCGGAGCAUUACACCACCUUCACUACCAAUCAGGGAAGGUUUCCUGAAGGAGGGGGAGAUCUGAUAGAGAGUUGCCAAGGGAUCAUGAGUAGGAGGAAGAAGAGUAUAGGUAGGAAAAGGGGCAUUCUGUCCACCCCACCCAGCCCCAACACCAGCUCUAGAGUUUGGUGUCACCAAAUCCUGGCACUACCCAACUUUCUUUUUUUAAGAAGUAUGCCUCAGGGAGUUACUUACCCUCCAUUUCUCAGCAGUAAAAUAGAGGUAAACAAGCUAAUAUAUGUAAGCACUUAAGCUGGUGCCUAGCAUACAGCAAGUGCUCAAUA